AUGAGCACUAGACUUAAAGUUGUUUCACAAAACUUUAUUUUCAAACACAAUGGCAAAUUGACAAUUAAUAAAGAAUACUAUGAACAAUUGUUUACAAGUUUUUUGGGAUCCAUAUUAGAAGAAGAAUUGGCGAAAGUGCAUGAUAAUCAAAGGAAAGAAGCAUACAAAAACUUAAUUGGAAAAAUGAUUUCAAAAAGUAAUUUUCUUGGAGCUGAUGAAUUUGAAAAGAUCAAAAAACUUUUAAUUGACAAAGAAAAAACUAUAGGGUUAUUAGUAACGAAUAAACUUUUAAUUUUAAUUGAAAAAAUACUUUCAAAUUUUAACAAUUAUGAUAUGCAAUUAAUGCAAUUAGGCAUGGGCAAAUUAAUAAAAAUGGUAGAGGUGGAAUCUGGCAAUGUAAUUUUUCAAACCGGAAAAUUAGAAAUCAAAGGUGCAAAAAAUCUUAGAAUUGUUUUUAAGUAA